AUGGACUCCUUGCUGCGCACCCUUCAAAUCAUGGGCCUCGCCGCCCUGUUCAUGCCAUUGUGGACACACUCCGGACAAACCCCCAAUGGCGUUGUGCGGCGCGACACGUUGAGGCAGAGCCUGUGUUCGACUGUCAACACAGCAACGAUGGCUUCCAACUACAGUCAAUGGCAGAGCCUCGGCCUCUGCUCGGACUACUGCAUUCAGAAAGACACGGCCUUUGCCAUAGUGCAGUACCAGUUAUGCUGGUGCUCCGAUGUCCAGCCGGCUGCGGCCAGUGUCGAGAGUCUCGACAAUUGCAGUCAAGAUUGCCCAGGCUAUGACGAAGAGAGCUGCGGAAGGCAGCCGAGCAACUACGGCUACUUCUCCCUCCUGAAGCCUCCCACGUCAACUCAGGGUUCCAACUCCGAAACCUCGACCCGGGAUGCGACUCCGACCACAGCUAACCUAGUCGCUAACCGUACACAGACGCGGACCCCUACGCCCUCCGCCGCCCAAACAGUGACCGCAGACGGUACUGUUCGGACCGUCUUUGUCACUCCGAGUACAUCUCCUGACACUUCCGGGUCGAAUACGGAAACUACGCACAACUCUGCCGAAAUGGGAUCAUCAUCGGGAUCGUCUGGCCCCAGCACAGGUACCGUGGUCGGUAUUGUUGUCGGCGUUAUUGCCGGCGUUGUCGCCAUCGCCGCCCUCGUUCUGUGGCUCUUCUUUCGCCGACGCAAGCAGCGUGCUCAGGCAGAAGACGACGAGCCAAGCCAGCGUGGCAGCUCCGCGGGCAUGAUGGGCACUCCUCGGAAUCCCGAAAUGACUGUGACCAUGGACGGCCGAGCAUGGGAACCCGAAACAACCAGCGAGCAGCGCCGCAGCAGGCUCAUGGCGAUGGAUCCGCGUAUGAACCCGCUUCAACGACCCAUUUACGCACGUAACAAGAGUCAUGAGAGCGUCAACACGAUCCAUGAUGACCAGGAUUACUCGCGCAGAGUAGCCAAGCCGGUGCUCCGUGCGACGAAUCCGGAUCCAGAUGAUUGAGCGAAAAUCAACAGGAUGAGAUGACGAGGUCAUCGCUAAUGACGUACACGAAUAUGGUCCCGGUACAAAGGUUCGGUCUUUGCAUUACAUUUCGAGAUACCAGGACGGCGUUCACUUUUCCUUGUGAGGAGAAGACAAGAAACGCCAGCAGCAGAAUCGCAUCAACAUUAGCCAUGCAGGGUGUAAGCAACACGCCAAAAGGCAAGUGGUGGAAUUCGAACGCCGCGAGUUGUGGAAAUGACCCAUGGCAAUCCAGCAUGCAGCUCGGUCGUCCGCUUCCCUCAUACCCAACAUGAGGACCUGCGCCGGCCACUGUCGUAAUAUUUCUUCUUCAUGUAUUUCUCUUGCCCUCGGCGCAGCCUAUAGCUGGCUGAAGAAAACGCCACCGCAGCGGAUAUAGGGGGAACAUCAUUGAUUCUUGGACAUCGGGAGUUGUCAGCUCCGAGUCGCUAAGGGCGUGGCGUCGUAGAUGCGAUGCCAGGCGGGAUUUAGAGGGUGCCUGUAAGCAGGCUAAAGGCGUACAUACACGACAGGGCGCAGUCGAGACGAUCGCGACGAUGGUGCUUGAAUCAGCUCGAUCAAACAUGGGCGAGGUUGGGUAGCAAGACACAAUACAGCGUUUGCAUAUCC